AUGGGUUCCGUUGUUGAUAGCCCCCGGAAGGGUGGCUUUAAGCUGGUUUUGCAGAAUCCGUAUCUAUGCGGUGUGGCCUCGUUCUCCACGCUUGGUGGCCUGCUGUUCGGUUACGACCAGGGUGUCAUCAGCGGUGUGAUUACUAUGGAGUCCUUUGCGGCUCGAUAUCCUCGCGUGUUUUCUGACAGCGGGUUCAAGGGCUGGUUCGUGUCCACGCUUUUGCUCGCUGCAUGGUUUGGAUCUCUGAUCAAUGGACCUAUUGCUGAUCGCCUGGGCCGAAAAUUGUCCAUCAACCUGGCCGUGGUGAUCUUCGUUAUUGGAUCCGCGAUCCAGUGCGGUGCCAUCGAUAUCCCAAUGCUAUUUGCCGGCCGGGCAAUUGCUGGUCUUGCCGUUGGAAUGCUUACCAUGGUGGUACCAUUAUACAUCUCCGAGGUUUCUAUACCCGAGAUCCGUGGAGGUCUGGUGGUUACUCAACAAUUGUCGGUCACCAUCGGUAUCCUGAUCAGCUAUUGGAUCGACUACGGAACCAACUACAUUGGCGGUACUCGAUGCGCGCCCAGUCUGCCCUACACUGGAGGAACAUCAUCAAAGCCUAGUUUUGACCCCUACAACGAUGUCCCAGCUGGAGGUUGCAAUGGCCAAUCUGAGGCAUCAUGGCGUCUUCCACUGGCCAUACAGAUCGUACCCGCCAUUGUACUGGGCAUUGGAAUGCUAUUUUUCCCAGAAUCGCCUCGCUGGCUCCUCAUGAAAGAGCGCGACGACGAGUCGCUCUCUGCACUCUCAAGACUGCGCCGACAAUCACAGGAUAGCAACAUCCUCCAAACCGAGUAUCUGGAGAUCCGAGCAUCCAUUAUGCUAGAAAAUUCCUUCGCGAACGAGAACUUCCCCGGCCUCUCCGGUCUCAAGCUACACGCCGCGCAGUAUAUGUCACUUUUUACAAAAUGGGCCCGCUUCAAGCGUCUCUUCAUUGGUUGCGCCGUGAUGUUCUUCCAGCAAUUUGUCGGCUGCAAUGCCAUGAUAUACUACGCGCCCACAAUCUUCGGCCAGCUCGGUAUGGAUGGCAACACGACCUCACUUCUCGCAACUGGUGUCUACGGUAUUGUCAACUGCCUGAGUACACUCCCGGCUCUCUUCUUUAUUGAUAAAUUUGGACGCCGCGCCCUGCUUAUGGCUGGUGCUACGGGUACCUGCAUUUCGCUGGUGAUCGUGGCUGGAAUCCUCGGGGCGUAUGGUGAUAAUUUGAUGAACCAUAAAUCAGCUGGUUGGGCUGGUAUUGCUUUCAUCUACAUUUACGAUAUCAAUUUCUCGUACUCUUUUGGUCCCAUUGGGUGGGUGCUUCCUUCGGAGAUUUUCAAUCUUUCGAUUCGAUCCAAGGCUAUGUCAAUUACCACCUCUGCCACAUGGAUGUGCAACUUCAUCAUCGGCCUUGUCACUCCUGACAUGCUUGACUCCAUCACCUACGGCACCUAUAUCUUCUUCGCGGCAUUUGCCCUAAUCGCCCUGGCAUUCACAUUCUUCUGCAUUCCUGAAACAAGAGGAAAGACCCUCGAGGACAUGGAUCUCAUAUUUGGAGAUACAGCCGCACACGAAGAAAAGGAACGUAUCAAGCAUAUUGAAGCUAGCCUGAGAGGAACACAUCUUGACGACGAUGAUGAUUUGAAGCCUGUGGAUCAGCAUAAGGAGAUUGUUGAAUCGGCUUGA